GCAUGUGUCAGUCCCACCGUCACCGCGAUUCCAUAACAUAGGUAUACUUACCCGUGCCAGCAAUCAGGAUAUUAGACCAAAACAUAACAACUACAAAAUUGCAAUAAAUCGUCCUAAAAGUUCAAACAUAACGGGAAAAUGUCGGUGACCUAGUAAGACGCACAUUCUGCCGUGUGGCAAGUUCAACAAACAAAGCAGCAAUGUGGACGUAGCUGCGAAAAAUGAGCACACAGAUCUUGCUGAUUCUACGCUUGAUUCAGUUUUCUCUUUGUUCUCUUGUGGACACUACAUCUACGCUGCAGUUGACACAGACUAAGUCACAAUCUGAUAAAUGGAAGUGUCCCCCUGAAAGACCAGUUGUGUUUACCAGAGUUGGUGCUUACUGUGGAAUACGAGAAGUGGUCCACUGGCCAGAUGGGAUGGCUUCAAAAGUUGAUAUAUUUUACGGAAUACGUUACGCACAAGCGCCGAUUGGACCACUGCGAUUCCACAAACCGGUUGCGCCAAGACCGGAGCCAAACAGGGUAUUCUCUGCCAAUGAGCUUCCAGCCUCUUGUUCUCAACCGAGAGAUACGAUGUUUCAGGACUGUCCAGCUGCUCGAAUGUGGCAGGUCAACACGCCCAUGUCUGAAGACUGCUUAUUUCUGAAUAUUUGGGUUCCCUCCGCGCCAUUAGAUUCUGCGUCACAACCAAAUGAAAAACUGGCUGUCAUGCUCUGGAUUUACGGAGGUAGCUUCUACAUGGGAACAUCCAGCCUCAGUGUGUAUGAGGGGCGAUUCUUAGCCGCCCGGCAAAACAUCAUCGUUGCGUCGAUGAACUACCGAGUUGGUCCCUUCGGUUUCUUGUACACCGAAAGCGCGGACGUACCAGGGAACAUGGGUCUUUGGGACCAGCGGAUGGCAAUGAAAUGGAUCAAAGACAACAUUGAUAGCUUUGGUGGAGAUCCGGAACGCAUAACUUUAUUCGGAGAAUCUGCAGGUGCAGUAAGCGUGAGCGCUCACGUAAUCAGCCCUUGGUCCCAUUCGCAUUUCACAAAUGCGAUAAUGCAAUCCGGAACCAUUUACGGGAACUGGGCACUUGUGACCAAUGCACAAGCUCUCAAUAGAACGGCCAGAUUCACACAGCUCCUUGGCUGCAACAGCUACUCCUUAGUAGAUCGCAUAUCAUGCCUUCGGAAGAAGAGCGCGGUGGAAAUUUUGGACGCACACGACGCUAUGUUUGAUCCCUCCAGCUACUUCUUCGUCCCUUUUCCACCUGUGCUGGACAAUCACUUUCUGCCGUACGAAAAUGGUCAACGCCUUCGCCAAAUGUCGCACCUCAAGCCGACCGGCACCCUGAUGUAUGGAAUGAAUAAAAACGAAGGAAGCUAUUUUCUCUUGUAUGCAUUUGUAAAGAACGGCAAUUGGAAAGAUGAUAAAACACAGUUGCCCAUUACAAGCCGAGAAGAAUACCUACAAUGCCUGAGAAAAGUGCUUGAUUUGGAUGAUGAUGCUGACAAUCGACCAGAGCUGACUGAGCCUCUGAUACGGUACACUGAUUUUGAAUACGAGACGUAUGAGUAUACACCGUCCUUGGCAUUAUGGACACAGCGGCUGGAAGCGAUUAGCAGUGAUCGGAGCUUUAAAUGUCCAACAAUCCGCAUGGCCAGUGCAGUGACCAGCAGUUAUCGCUUCCCUGGAAGGCGCCGAUCCCCUACUUUGCCAGUAUACUUUUAUGAGUUCAGACACAGAACACAAUCAGUGCAGUGGCCAGAAUGGACCGGCACAAUGCACGGAUAUGAGAUCGAAUAUGUGUUCGGAAUUCCAUUCAGUCCGCAGUUCCAGGCCACGUAUUAUCGGUUUACGGACGAAGAAAGACAAUUAAGCGAUAUGAUCAUGACCUACUGGGCGAACUUCGCUCGUACGGGCGAUCCGAACGUCCUACCCCAAUCCAAACAUGUGAUGGAUGUGAAUCAACCGCCUGACGACGAUCGAUCGGCUGAGCCAAACUAUGAUGCGAAAGUAGUGCUCGAUUACCUCUCUAGGAACAGACUGCCUCAUUCACUGAGCAAAAUUCGCUUCAUGAACUGGCCUGAGUACAGGAACCAAACGAAUUCUUACAUCAUAUUUGACGAAGAGCCUGGCCAUAUUUUGAUGGGGCUGGAACCCAAAAAACGUCAGUGCACAUUUUGGCAUCGAUUGUACCCAGCGAUGCUACAACAAAUUGAAAUGAACAGGCGGAGAUGUGAAGCACGAAAGUAAGCAAUAUCGGUUCUUGGCCAGUCAAUGGACCCGGAAUUCACAUUUCACAAAGCUGACUUUAGUGAGGAAUGCCAGAUUUCAGUAGCAGUACUUUACCCAGUCAGCUGUCACCCCCUUGAUGCAGACCCACGGUGGUUGGAUGAAAGAAAACCACGAACAUGCAAGCAAACUACGAGUUAGCUGUUCUAAUGGUCCAAUGACUUAGACAUCAAGGGUUGUCACCCAUGAAAUUGUUCACUUUCAAUGUGUUCGCAUAAACAGUUU